AUGGUCACACGGGCAGCCAUAUUCACCAUACUUAUGCUAAUAGCAUAUCCGACACACUCCUUCAAGAUAGCAUUUCACGAUCCGCCCAUUCCCGGCGGCCCUCUAGAUUACACAGAGUAUUCACCGCGAACCGCCUACGAAUGCCACAAAAUACCACAGGACAAAAGAACGGGUGAACAAAAAGUCGAUGAUAUCGUAGUUCAGGUCGAAUCCAAGGCUAUUAUGUUGCUAGCGUUCUAUGCAGUCUCAAAAAACCCUCAGGAUGGGCCUUGUUCUAAACAAAACCUCCAGAUAGUAGCGUUAUUUCCCAGUAAUACGAAGAAAGACGUGGAACAGCACUUCACACCCAUUUGGCCAAGACUUCAGUAUUGGAGAAGACUUCAACCAGGUUCAGACGACUGGCAACAAAUGGGCAAACCUAAGAUGGAUGCAGCGGAUGUAGUAAAUAGAUCGGGUUCCGGUUGGAUCACUGAGAAGAAGGAAAUACAAACACGCCUAAUUCAAAAUAUUAAUAUCGACCCGGAAUUAUUCCAACUAGUUCAGCAGAAUACCCAAGUGGCACCGCAAGAAGGCAUGAACUUACCUACAAUGGCAUCGAUUAGUACCCCAUCACAACUUGAAGAACUAUUCCAACAGCAAAACUACCGGCCGCCGUCUCGAGUUCCAGAUCCUAAAGUCCUUAAGGACCAAGUAUUUGAAUUGGCUGCCCAAUAUAAAACUCAUGCUCUAAAGGCGAACCCAAACCUCAAAAUCGAUCUCUCCGAAUAUGAGCCCAAGCUCCCCGAUUUAAUGGGCUUGCAGCAAUAUAAAGAAGAUAUCUAUUUGGAGGGCCUCGGACCGCGUAGUUUUACGGACUACCUCAGGGAAACUGCAAACAACCAAAGGACUAUCGGAGAAAAGGGCGGAUACAUGCCAGUGCCUCUUGGAAUACGUCACCGUUUUAAUGGCAAGAAGUUGAACAGGCUUGGGUUCAAUGUUGUACCCAUGAAAGAACUGAAACAUGAGCUUGCUCGCCAGAAGGAUCCUCAUAGAUAUCUCAAAAGAUUUGCAGGAAUGGGAAGAAGUGAUCUUAUAGGCCAAUAUGUUCCUCCAACUUCCGAAUGGGAAGGAAAUGGUGGGAUGAUGUCUUUAAAUACUGAAGUUCAAUCCCCUAGAAGGGUUCAAAUGGUGGAGGCUGACGGGGUUGAAGCAAGAGUUCAGGACUUUACCGAUCUAAAUGGUGAUUUGCAGAAGUUUCUAACAAAAGAGGAGCUACUUGCGAGCAUUGAAAAUUGA